UUCACCCAAAGGGAAGACGCAGGAGAAAUCCGCAGUGCCCCUCUCCAAAUUGUCUCAGAUCAGCAUGUACUGCACCUCCUUCCUACCAACUAAAGCCACAAACAGAUGAGCAUUUGUGGGGAGGAGGACCACCGUGCUUUCUCCACAGAUGGUCAGCAUCACAAGUCCCGGGCUCAACACAUCCCGCGGGUACCGUAUAAAGACAGCUGGACACAGAGCCCUGCGGCUCUGGCUGCUUCGUGUUUAGGACUGCAUCUUUUCAUGAUGGAUGUCCUUCAUCGGAGCGGAGUGCUUAUGAUUCAGCAUCUGCAGAAAGACUACCCGGCUUACUACGACUUUCUAAAUUUUAUGUCCAAUGUCGGAGACCCCCGAAACAUCUUUUCCAUUUACUUCCCACUUUGGUUUCAACUGGAUCAGACUGUUGGAACCAAGAUGAUAUGGGUAGCAGUCAUAGGGGACUGGUUCAAUCUAAUAUUUAAAUGGAUACUGUUUGGACAUCGGCCUUACUGGUGGAUCCAGGAAACCCAUAUUUAUCCAAAUCACUCAAGCCCAUGUCUUGAACAGUUUCCUACUACGUGUGAAACAGGCCCAGGAAGUCCAUCUGGCCACGCAAUGGGCUCAUCAUGUGUCUGGUAUGUCAUGGUAACAGCUGCCCUAAGCUGCACUAUCAGCCGGAUGGAUAAGUCCUCUAUCGCUCUGCACAGGCUGACCUGGUUCUUCCUUUGGAGUGUUUUCUGGUUGAUUCAAAUCAGCGUCUGCAUCUCCAGAGUAUUCAUAGCAACGCAUUUCCCUCAUCAGGUCAUUCUUGGAGUGAUUGGUGGGAUGCUAGUAGCGGAGGCAUUUGAACACACUCCAGGCAUCCACAUGGCCAGCUUGACUGUGUACCUGAAGAUCAACAUCUUCCUCUUCCUAUUUGCACUUGGCUUUUAUCUACUUCUCAGACUGCUCGGUAUUGACCUGCUGUGGUCUGUGCCCAUCGCCAAAAAGUGGUGUGCCAACCCAGACUGGAUCCACAUUGACAGCACGCCUUUUGCUGGACUUGUGAGGAACCUUGGGGUCCUCUUUGGCUUGGGUUUUGCCAUCAACUCAGAAAUGUUCCUUCUGAGCUGCCGGGGAGAAAAUGGCUGCAAGCUGAGCUUCCGGUUGCUCUGUGCUCUGACCUCACUGACCACAAUGCAACUUUAUCACUUCAUCAAGAUCCCAACUCAAGGGGAACAUUUAUUUUACCUGUUGUCUUUCUGUAAAAGCGCAUCCAUUCCACUGACGGUGGUGGCUCUAAUUCCCUAUGGUAUACAUAUGCUAAUGACACCCAGUGAGAAGAAGACUAAAAAGAGCUGAGCCACAGAACAGAGGGGGGGAUCUCUGCAGAGGUCACAAGGUAGUGGCCACAGGUCCUGCUCUGCCCACAGACAUAAGUUUAAUCUGCUUUCUAGGUUGCAUUUAAAAAUAACAGUAUAUGGCCAGAAAUAUUCACUUCCAUUUUCUUCAAAAACCUUAUGAUAUAGCAACAUAGACUUGACACAACCCAUGUAAAGACAGUUGACAGGGGCUGAAUGCUGACUGUCCCCGUAGCAGAAAGACUUUCCUUUUUAUCAUAGUCUUUAGCACUCAACAGAUCCCCCACUGCCUGCUGACUCUGUCGGGUUUUUUUGGGUUUGUUUUGGUUUAUUUUUUUUGUUUUAUCUAGACAGGGUUUCUCUGAGUAGCCUUGGCUGUCCUGGACUUCUAGACCAUGCUGGCCUGGAACUCACAGAGAUCCGCCUGCCUCUGCCUCUCGGAGUGCUGGAAUUAGAGGCGUGAGCCACUUCGCCUGGCUCACCUCUAUCAUUUUAAGGCCUGGUUGCUUCUGGCUCCUCUGGGCCUUUAAGAAAUGUUCACAGUUAAAACCUAUCUUCACUUGGGCAUCUCCAUGUUUUAUUUUUAGGGGUCAAGUCUUUCAAAAUCCUCAUUUAGCAGAUAAGGAAAUAGAGGCUUGUUGAGAUCAAGUAACUUGCCUAUAGUGAUGCUAGUUUGGAACCAGAAUUAGAACUCAAGACUUUUGAUACAUAUCACUAUAACAGUACUUUUUUUUAUUUUUAAGGAGUUAAAAAAAUCAAGAAGAGCAGAUGCAUGUAUUUAGACUCUAUGAUGACCAUGUAAGACACCCAUUUUUUUUUUUUUCAAAAAUGACAUUGAAAUGCUACAUUCCAUUUGACUUAUGCCCUGAGUACUGGGUCUUUUCCAGGCCAGCAAUGGCUGUGUAUGUGACACAUAAGUAUAUCCAGGGCAAAUGAGUAGAAGCUCCUGGCUGGACCUGGAGCCCUUAGCUGCUGGUCCCUGUUUCAUAGGAGUGCUUGCCAGUGUUUCAGUAAAGCCUGCUGAAAUAAAUCCACCGAUUACUAUUUACCAGAAAAGCCUCAUCUCAUCACUGGGACAUUUUAGAAGUCAAGUCUUUCAAAAUCAGGAAAAUCAAAUUUCUCUACCGCAGAAAAACUAUUCAGUACUCAUGCACUGGUUCACUGGAUUGGUCUCUGUGCUUUACUUUAGAAAAUUAUUAUUUAUGGGCUAGUAAUAUUACAGCGACAACUUCUCAGUAAGGUUACUUUCUUCCUCAUUGAAAUUCUAGGCUUUCAGCUGAUAACCGUGUCUUUCUGAUCAAGCUCAAAGAUUGUGAGUCUGAUUUUGCUACAUGUUGACAGCCUCAGGUCUACUGCAAUGCAAUUCCUCUCAAGUAUAUUAUUCAGGAGUUACUUUAGGUGAUGGUAUAUUAAAUAGUUCAUAAUUACAUAUGAAAACAUUCCAGUUGAAGGGAAGGCAAUUUUAUAGUGGUCAUGGAAAAUAACAUCUCUAACAGCUAAUUAUUGGUUACUUUCCAAGCAUAUUUUUAGAAGAUGUACUGUUGCUUUUUAUAAAACACUUUAACUGGUGUUCUUUUUAAAAACACAAGUGAUUCCUAAGUAAAAAAACAAAACAAAACAAAAAACCAACCAAACAAAAGCAAAGCAAAACAACAACAACAAAAACAAACCCUGAGGAUGUAAAAGCUUCUUUUACUUCAGAAUAAAUGCAUCCCAUGUUGACAGGGGAACUAGAAUGAAAGAAGUAGA